AUGGAAUCACCUCAAACAAAGUUGACUUUUGCAGCUACGAAAUAUGACAUAAAUGACGAUGAGAAAUUUUUGGCUCCAGCCGAUUAUGAUCUUAGUGAAUACUCAUUACCAACAUCCAAAUCGAAAGUCUCGGAGCUGGAAAUGCAGAACUAUAUUUGGAUUAAACGUAAGACCUUUAACUCAUUGAUUGUAUUAUCUGAUUCUGACUCUAAUUUACCCAUUGAAAACAAAUUUAACCUUCAAUACUUACUUUGGAAAAACGCGCAGAGACGUAUAAAACAUAGUUAUCUUGUUCUACAUGAUUCGGAAACAGAAUUAAUUGGUAAAGAAGUACCAUUACCUACGAAUGAUGAUUUAAGAAAAAAUAUUCGUCUUGAUUUACUUGGUGUAUCAAAAUCUAACGAAACUUCAAUAUGUUUAAUAUAUAUUGAACUGAAAAAAGUCGGUUCUAAUAAUACACGUGAAGCACUUACAGAAUUGUUAGCUUAUUCAUCUUAUUUUUCGAACAACUUUAUUGGAUCAAGUAACAAUCAUUAUAUGAUGGUAUUAAUUUCUCCUAUUGACCCAACUAUUCUGGAAUAUUCAGUGCUGCAACAAAUGCUAUUCGAAAAAAAAAAUUUUUUAGUGCUAGAACCAUACAUGAAAAAUGAUGAUCUUGAAACACUAAAAUUAAAAAUAUGGGCACCUAAAUUAGCUACGAUUGAGCGAUUCACAAAUCAAACACAUAUUUUUGGACAAGAAUCAUUUACUGUAUUGUUCAGCACUUUUCGUACCAAACAUAAAGAUGACGAAAAGUUGGAGAAAGAAAUAAUUGUCGAUAUAAUUAACGACGCGGCACAGCAAAUGGAAUCAUUAGGAAUGCAUGGUUUCGUCUGGUAUUACUUUAAAUCAAGCACCUGGGAACACCCACAUUUUCUAAUACAAGCACAAUUGGAUCCCUUCAAUUUAUCGAAAAAAAAUGAUUCGAACAAUCCAGCUUUACAACCUAAUGAUUCAAACAAUCCAGCUUUACAAUCUAAUGAUUCGAACAAUCCAGCCUUACAAGCUCAUAAAUGGAACAAAGCAGACUUACUAUCGACGUAUUUAAAUUUUCCACAAAAAUCUACGAAAUGUGAAUGGGACGAAGACGCAGAUAAAUACCUUGAUUUUAAAAACACAUUUCGUUAUAAAAAUGAUUAUUUUCCUUUUGGACGUGCUCAACUGCUACGUUAUACUGAAGUAAUAGAAUUCGACCGUUCUACCAAGACAUUAGUCGAUAUCUUUAAAGACGACAUAGACUGUUUACGGAAGCCAGAAGCAUUUCGAUUCACUGGUUUAAUUCUUGAGAUGUUUCAUGAAUAUCUUGACCUACUUAUCGAAUACAACCAACAUGAUGGUUCAUCUGAAGAAUCACUAUACCUGAAAUCCCGCAAUGUUCGAAAUUUUUGUAGAUUUCUCGAAAUAUUUGAAUAA